AUGGCCUUCAUCAAGCUACACGACCAAGACCCCGAGUACUAUUGGUUUCAAUACGUGGGUGCGGUCGCUCACUCCGUCUUUGACGAGAUUCACGUCAACAUAGCCAUGUCCAAAGCAUACACUCUUCUUGAACCGGGUAGCAGAAAGCUACCGGCCAAGGAGAGAAUAUUCUUGACUAUCUGGUUGGCUUACUUGACGCCGGUUUGGCAAGAAGCUGAGACGCUCAAAUACACAGCAUGUCAAGAUUACUUGAUUUAUCUAUGUCGUGGUCAACAACCCCUCAUCGACGUCGAAUGUUGGAUCGAUUGUCUAGGUAUGAAGACAGCACUGAACACUCCUGUCGAUGGACUCUCGCACUUGCUUGACCAGCUACGUCUUGUGGAAGAGCCAUUCGGAGAGUAUUUCCGAGAGAACAGAUUCGAGCAGAUCAUCAUGGAUCCAAUGGUGCUAUUGGAACACAAUGCUUUCAUGAGCUUCAUGGUUACUGGGAAGAAGCCGAGCAAUCUGCUACGUUUUAAGUCUCAACCCCCAACUGAGAUCGGUCCAUCUCUAAAGCCCGGAGAAAAGUCUGUCAUCGAGCUCGAGACAGUGCGCUACUUUCAAAAGCUGAACCAAGACUGUGCAACACUGGAAACUGUCCUGGGCGUCUUCGGUGAGAGAAUCAAGAGAAGAAGACAAGACAUCGAACGGUACCACGAGCAGAUCCGUGUCGUCGUCGAGGGAGCGAGCUACAAGCAUAAUGACUUGUUGAUGGCAUUGAAAGUCCUCGAAGCUGCAGAAGCCGGAGAAGAGGCCGACGUGGCUGCAUGGCGUGGCCUUGAUGACACGAGACAGACGAUGCUCAUCACGACAGGACGGUUGCAAUGCAUGCUAGACAUCAAGAAAAAAAGCAACCACAACAAAAACAAGAACAGAUCUCUGAAGAAGAAGCUACAGCAAGGCGGCCAGCAAGACGGUCAGCAAGACGGUCAGCAAGAAGACCAACAAGACAACCAACAAGACGAUCAUGCCGAGAACAUGGGUGGAGAGGCCGAGUUGAUUGUGGUUGCAGACACUGUUGUCAAGGCGGAGGAGAAGGGCGAAGCUUUCGUGCAACCAUGGUGCGUCGGCAAUGUGCUUCAGAAGAUGGAUUAAGUCCUCUCUUCUAUCGACUUUGAAUUCUCCAUGGAUGGCGCAUGGGAGAUUGAGAGAGCUCGGGCAAACGGACGAAGAGCAUGGUAGGAAAUUACGCCGAUUCCGGCGGUCGCUUCACAUGAUGGUGCUUUCAGCCUGCAGCGACGGUGAGGAAGGGACACGACAAUCUCGAGCGACCGACACCUUCCUAAAAGAUUUCCCUAUUCUGCGAAUGAACUACU